CUGGGUGAAGGGGACCUCAGGGCUAGGGAAGGAGGCCAUGUGUGUCUUUGAAACAUUGUAGCAUCCCUGUCUCUCUGAAUUUGCCUCCCAGAAGGCUCGCAGCCACACCUCAUUCCUUCUGGUGGUUGAGUGCCAGGGGGCUCUGGGGUCAAUCAGGCUUGGGUUUCUCAGCAGGGCCCCUCUAGCUAUGUGGCCUUGGAUUUGUCACUUCUCUCUGAGCCUUUGUGUCAGAAGGGGCAGAAUAAACAUGACAGUCUCAUUUCUCAGAAACAUCACUGAAACAAAAAAAGAUGACAGCGGCCAACGACCUCUUCCCACAAGGCACUCAGCACAGUGCCUGCCACUCAGCCAGAUCACAGGAUGUGGGAGGUAUCAGCCUCCAUGUGUUCCUGCCCAGGCCCAACCCCUCUCCUUUCCUCAUUGCUCCCUAUCUGUGAAAUGGAGCUUAGAUGGCUGGCGCCAGGGUCCAGCUAGAGGACAUGUCCACGUGGCGUCUCCAGGGCCCUAGAGAAGGGAAUGGGAGGGGAAGGGGAGGAGUGAGGUGUCAGUUCCCCAUUGGUCUAGGCCAGGUGUUCUGUGGCGGUCCCCACACCAUACAAGCACACACACAUCUGCACCCCAGCCACAGACUGUACUUGCUGAGCUGGCUCCUGGGGCCAUGAGGCUGUCAUUGUCACUGCUGCUGCUGUUUGGAGCCUGGGCCAUCCCAGGGGGACUCGGGGACAGGGCCCCACUCACAGCCACUGCCCCGCAACUGGACGAUGAGGAGAAGUACUCAACCCACAUGCCCUCUCACCUGCGCUGUGAUGCCUGCAGAGCUGUGGCUUACCAGAGACUCAGCUCCUAUUCUCCCCACCUCCCCCCAACUGAGCAGCAGUCCUGAGGCCCUGGCUCCUACUCCCUCCUUGCUCCAGAUGUGGCAAAAUCUAGCAGAGGCAGAGACCAAACUUCAUUCCCCAAACUCCGGGGGGCAGCGGGAGCUGAGCGAGUCUGUCUACCUGGAUGUCCUGGACCGGAGCUGCUCUCGGAACUGGCAGGACUAUGGAGUUCGAGAAGUGGACCAAGUGAAACACCUCACAGGCCCAGGACUUAGCGAGGGGCGAGAGCCAAGCAUCAGCGUGAUGGUCACAGGGGGCCCCUGGCCUACCAGGCUCUCCAGGACCUGUUUUCACUACUUGGGGGAGUUUGGAGAAGACCAGAUCUAUGAAGCCCACCAACAAGGCCGAGGGGCUCUGGAGGCAUUGCUGUGUGGGGGGCCCCACGGGGCCUGCUCGGAGGAGAUGUCAAAUGCAAGAGAAGAACUCUAGUGCCAGACUGUGCCUUCUUCUGAAGGAAGCUGGGCUUGCUCUGAGGGUCUCCACUCCCCAUCUGCAGACAGCCAGGAGGGCAGGAAGGCCUUGCUCUGUGCUACCACCCUGCCUCCCUCCUCCAGCUCCAGGGCACUGGGGCCUGGGUAGGAGCCAAGGCCUUCCCCUCUGGACUCAAAUAAAACCCAGUGACCUCA